CUGAGCAAAGCUGGAGUUAUUGUUCAACAAACUGCGAUAUCUGAACGACCUCUUUUCACAACUCCUCUUCUGUUUGUCUUAACGCCUUCCUUUCUGGUUCCUUGCUCGCUUCGUCGAAGAUCCGGUAACGGUCUUCUCCACGUGCGCAUCUCUCUCACUCGUUCCCUCCACGUAACCCAAAACGCAUUUCGCUCAUCUAGGUCUCUGCAAUCUGUCUUUCCGGCGACGAAGCAGGCAGUUGAAAACAUGCAGAGACCGACCUUCUCGAGCGUGCCACCGGCGCAUUCGCCUCCUCUACACCACCCAGUUCCUCAGCAUAUAUCACAGGUGCCUAAUAUGAGGAGUCCACCUCCACCAGCGCCACAGUCGACGAGCCACGAACAGCAAAAUUACGCCUAUGGAGGAUCUGGCUUCAUACAACCGCCGUUCGGCGGAUUUAUUAAUGAGAGCACCGCGCAGAUGGGCGUGCAGAUGGCUGAAAAGUAGGAGACACUUGCUCGUUGUGUAUGCGGAGAUCCGUGGACGUACGCAUCUCGCGCUUCCUCGGUGAUCCACAGUCUUCCUCGUUGCAUACGUCGUGUGAGAUAUCAGCACGCAUAUUGACAAGGUUGAUUUUAGAUACAUGGACCAACAAUUUUCGCGAUAUGUCAACGUGAGCGCCUUAAAGAACCUAUUCAAUGUGUAAGAAUCAAACAGGAUCACCUUGCGAUGCAUAGGGCAGAAGUUGACUCUGGUACUCUCCGCUGCAGGUCUAAUAGCUACGUAAUCAACAAGCUGCUCAUAAUCCUUCUUCCAUGGCGACACAAGCCCUGGGCUCGGAAGCAGGCCUCAUUCGGUAGUUCGGAAACUGUGCAGUACUUACCGCCUAGAGAGGACGUGAACUCGCCAGACGCCUACAUUCCUACCAUGGGCGUGGUUACUUAUGUUCUUCUCAGCGUCCUGCUCGCUGGACUGAGAGGAGCAUUCGAUCCGGCGCUGCUGAGCUCUGUGCUCACCUGGGCGUUCCUGAUGAUUGGUCUUGAAAUCAUGAUUCUGAACCUGGCAAAGUACUUUCUGUCCAUCAAUUCGGUUUCCUCCUUACUGGAUCUCAUCAGCUACGCUGGCUACAAGUUUGUCGGCAUCAACGUCACCAUCCUGCUUGCUGAGAUCUACAACAGAGGCGGAGGCACAGGAGGUUGGUUUGGCUGGGCCGUCUUCUUGUAUACAUACAACGCCAACGCUUUUUUCCUCCUUCGAUCAUUGCGAUACGUGCUGCUUCCUCAGGACUCGGGAGCACCAGGAGUCGCGUACGGCCCGGGUGUGAGUUCUCGCAGCCUCAAGCAGUCUCGGACAUAUGCUCUGGCAGGUUACGCUUAUCUCGCACAGUUCUUCUUCAUGUACAUUCUGUCUAACAACGUUUGAUCGCACCUGGCCGUUUGGUCAGAAAAAAAAAACAAGGCCCCAUGAAAUGGGUGCCAGAGGGAAAAAAGACCUCUACGUCCAACGCCAGGUACUGGUUCAGAAUGCUGGGUGAGCCCAAUCCACCAGGGUUCAGCUAAGACGGGUGGAGAGAAACGUCAGAAGAAGGAAAGUGUAAAAUUAGGACCACCUGCCGCUGCUAUUACAGCAUAUACGAACAUGGUGGAGCGAGUCGACGAAACAUCUCUUGGCCCGCAGUAUUGUAUGAAGAGAAUCACAGACAGAUUCCCCUUUGCGUAGCGAAUGAACAUGACCAAAGGGGGCCAUACAGCCCAUCGAUGUGAA